UAUGUUUGUGAUAUAAUUUUAAAUGAAUGUCUCGAAAAUUUUAAUAAUAAGACUGAUAUAAAUGACAAAAUAAUGUCAGAAGAACAAGGCGAAAAAAGACCUAAGAGUCCAGAAGCAACAACUUCUGCAGAAAUUGAGGAUAGUGAAGAAUGGAUUGGACCUAUGCCUUCGGAGGCGGCAAAACCUAAACCGAAAAAACGAAAAGUGUUGGAGUUUGAGUCUCUCUACCUAGAGAACUUGCCGUCAUCCGAGACAUAUGAAAGGAGCUACAUGCACAGAGAUGUUGUAACACAUGUUGUGGUGACCAAGACAGACUUUGUUAUCACUGCCAGCCAGGAUGGGCAUUUGAAAUUUUGGAAAAAACAGGAAGAAGGUAUAGAAUUUGUUAAGCACUUCCGUUGUCACUUAGCACCGUUCAGUCAUCUUGCCGCCAAUAGCACGGGCACAUUGCUUUGUACAGCUUCUACUGAGAAAACAAUUAAAGUGUUUGAUGUUGUUAAUUUUGAUAUGAUAAAUAUGAUUACAAUUGAGUUUGAGCCAUAUUGUGCUGAGUGGGUUCAUUCUGCUGGCGAUCCUAUUUCAGCAUUAGCUGUGUCAGAAAAAAAUAGUAAAAAGAUACAUAUUUUUGAUGGACAGCAAGUAUCCGGCACACCACUACAUACUUUUGAGUUACAUCAAGGUGAAGUAGCAACAAUAAAAUACAAUCCAGUAUUUGAAGCGGCAGUGUCUGUUGACAAAGUCGGCAUCGUUGAGUACUGGACGGGCCCAAAACAUGAGUACCAGUUCCCGAGGAAUGUGAAGUUUACCUCUAAAUUAGAUACAGAUCUGUUUGACUUUGUUAAGAAUAAAACAUACCCGACGUCGCUUGAUUUUUCACCCGAUGGAAAGAAGAUGGCUUCGAUAAGCUUAGAUAGGAAGGUUCGUGUUUUUCAUUUCUUGACUGGAAAGCUGCACAAGGUUAUUGAUGAGUCUCUGCAGCGCUUCCAGGAGUUACAGCACCAAACACAGCAACUUCCUAACAUGGAGUUUGGCAGAAGAAUGGCGACAGAACGCGAGUUGGAGAAGUCUGAAGCCGCGUCGCUAGCCAACGUCGUGUUCGACGCAAGCGGACACUUCGUCGCGUACGCGACCAUGCUGGGCGUGCGCCUCGCCAACCUCGCCACCAACCGCUGCGUCGCCACGCUGGGGCGCCCCGAGAACCUGCGCCCGCUGCGCCUCGCGCUCUUCCAGGGACGGACAAAUCAAUCAAAAGUUGCAAGUACCCUCGAGAUGGAAGGCUCAGAGAAUCCUACACUGUUGAGUGUUAAAACUGACCCGACGCUCUUUUGUACCGCUUACAAAAAGAACAGGUUUUAUAUGUUCUCGAGACGGAGUCCCGACGACGUCAAGAGCCCCGAUGCAGACAGAGAUAUCUUCAAUGAGAAACCGUCGAAAGAAGAUAUCAUAUCUGCUACUGAGGGCCAAGGUGUUCAGCGUCUGUACGAACAAGCAAUCCUACAUACGUCAUUAGGAGAUAUUCACAUCCGUCUGUUUGGAAAAGACGUCCCUCGUACAGUGGAAAACUUCUGCGGGCACGCUAGAAAUGGCUACUUCAAUGGACAUAUAUUCCACAGGGUUAUCAAAGGGUUCAUGAUACAAACGGGAGAUCCUACUGGGACCGGCACGGGCGGGGAGAGCAUCUGGGGCGGCGAGUUCGCGGACGAGUUCCGCGCGCAGCUGAAGCACGACCGGCCGUACACCGUGAGCAUGGCCAACGCGGGCCCCGACACCAACGGCAGCCAGUUCUUCAUCACGCUGGCGCCCACGCCUUGGUUAGACAACAAGCACACGGUGUUCGGGAGAGUGGUGCGUGGUAUGGAAGUGGUUCAGAAUAUCGGCAGCGCCAAGACCAACCCCAAAACAGACAAGCCCUACGACGAUAUACGAGUCAUAUCCGUUACUGUAAAAUAAGUGUACCAAAUAAAUUAAAAUCUUAUUUUUUUUAUAA